AUUGCCCGGGAAGAAGAUCUCCAAGCUGCUAACACUGGAGUAGGGACAAUUGUGAGCCUUCGGCAAAGGGUGAAAGCUUUCCAGCUGGUCAGCAUGUUUAGGAGGGACUGGAGACCUGAUCCUUGGUUCUUCAGCUUUCUGGUCAGUAGUCUGUCCAGGAGUCUCUUUGCCUUUGCAGCCCUUGCCAAGAACCAGACUUCUAAAGGUUUUGCUCCUGUUACAAUUGAGACCUCAAGACACAUGUAUGAGUAUGUAACCACUGCUUUAGACUGGUGGCAUGCAGACAGAUACUGCGAACAACACUUUGCACAGUUGCUUUCUGAACCCCAGGACGGUGAGCGAAAGGCCUUCAGUGCACUGCUGCAGUCCCACCACAUUAGGGGUUCUGUCUGGCUCAGAGAAAGGGAUGAUGUCCUGCACAAGUCAAAACAGAGACGAAAUCACAUUGUGCCAGUGUUGGUGUUUGGAGGCAAAACAGACACAAAAUACGCAAAGGUGCUCUCUGACUUCCCAGCACUGCCUGCUGUCACAGCCUGUGCCCACCUCCAGUGGGACACCAGCACCCAGGAGAUUGCUACCAUCUUCUCCUAUGCGGUGCCAGCUUUCAUUAACGAGUUCCAGCUCCGAGGGUUUGUUGAUGAGGAAGGCUUUGUUCGAUUUGCUCUCAUAGUCCAUGAGCACCAUUCCCCAUACCUGCCUGUGUUCCGUGCUGAUGGGCAGUGGCAUCACUUCUGCGUGACCUGGCAGCAGGAAAAUGGGACCUGGGCUGUCUAUGCCGAUGGCAAAAGGAGGGCAUCUGCUAGCGGUUUGUGUGCUGUGAAGCCCUCUGCCCCCCAGGCUAUCUAUGGCCAGGGGACUUUCAUAAUUGGCCAAGAUCAAGAUUCCCUGGGGGGCACCUUCAGAGAGAAAGAGUCCUUCAGUGGGAACAUCACUGACUUGCACAUCUGGCAGAAAGUCCUCAGUGCAGAGCAGAUUGAGAAGGUUCGGUCGUGCUGGGUGGUAAAACAAGACCUUGUAUUUGAGUGGAACUCAAACGCUUUGGAGGUUGAAAGCUCUGUUCAGGAAGUGACAGCACAGUUUCUCUGCCCAGGACCUGUUGAGGAAUGCCCAGUGUUUGAAGUUGGCAGCAGUGGAUUCAGUUACACAUCUUGCUCGCAGUCUUUGCCUUUUCUCUGUGGCUACAGAAAGGAGGCAUAUCAGCAGCUGCAAAAAGCUCAACUGGGAUCCAGCUGCUCGCUUGUCAGCCAUGUGAACACGCUUGCAGACAGGACCAUGCAGAUUCCUGACAGUACUUUCACAAGUGAUCUCCAAGACAUGAACCUCUCUGUUGCUCUUGGUGCUCUUGAUGUGUUGGCAACUGUUCUGAGGGAAGGAGAGACACCUGUGCUGGAGUCAUCUGACCUCCUUGUGGUGCUUCAAACACUAAAGCAAGCUUCUCAUGUGGAGGUCCAGGAGGGAGAGGAGCUGAAGAUGUUGGAGCAGUUGGGCCAUUAUUACCUGGAAGUGACUGAGUUAAUCUUGGCAGAACAGAAUGUGAAAACGUGGUCAUCAGUCAGCCAGGUUAUUGGAGGGCCCAUGGCUGUUGUUGAGCUCUGUGACAGAAUGAUGUCACAUUUAGCACCACUGCUGACUUCAGAGAGGAAAAAGAUCACAAUCCAGCGUAGGAACAUUGGGAUAGAGGUCAGAAAGCUGGAGCUGAGCACACAGGAGCUGAGCAGUGAGGCAUACCUGGUCCAGAGCCCUGAGAAAGGAAUGCAUGACUUCAUUGAAGUUCCUGCUGAAGAAAUACAAAGACUAAAUGCCAGAAGUCUUCAGAGAGUCAUGUUGAAGAACAUGUGGUUUGGCUACAGCUCCCUGCAGCGCAGCCUGUCUGGUGCUGGCAGCAGCACUGUCUCCCGGGACAUGGCUGCCUCUGACAGUGGACAGAAGUACAUGACCACCACAGUGGGCACUGCUGUGAUCUCAUCCUCUCUGAUCAGUGACUACCAGGAGAUCAGCACAUCUGUGCGCUACCAGCUGGAGCAUCGUGUCCAGGACCUGCCUGAUAAGCUGGUGGGACCCAUCUGUGCUUUCUGGAACUUCAGCCUCAGCCCAGAUGAUGGUGGGAUGUGGUCCACAGCUGGCUGCUCUGUGGUGACAUCUCUCCCAGACUCCACUGCCUGUUUUUGCAACCACACCACAAAUUUUGCUGUCCUGCUGCAGUUGUACGAGAUGCAGAGGACUGCCAAGGAGGAGGUCACACUGCAGACUUUGACUUUCAUUGGAUGUGGAGUUUCCUUCUGUGCCUUGAUAGUCACCUUCAUUUUAUUCUUGGCAGUUGGUGUCCCCAAGAACGAACGAACCACUGUGCACAAGAACCUCAUCUUUGCAUUAGCUGCAGCAGAAGCUUUGCUCAUGUUCAGUGAAUUGGCCAAGACCAACCAGGUGAUAUGUUUCACGGUCACUGCUUUCCUUCAUCUCUUCUUCAUGGCUGCCUUUUCAUGGAUGCUGGUAGAGGGACUUCUCCUGUGGAGCAAAGUGGUAGCAGUUAACAUGAGUGAAGACAGAAGAAUGAAGUUCUACUAUGUGACAGGCUGGGGCCUUCCAGUUGUUAUUGUGGGUGUGACUCUUGCAACUUCCUUUAACAAGUAUGUAGCAGACGACCAUUGCUGGCUGAACAUUCAGACCAACGUCAUCUGGGCCUUUGUUGGUCCUGUGCUCUUCAUCCUGGCUGUGAACACCUUCGUGCUGUGCCGGGUGGUGAUGGUGACUGUGUCCAGUGCUCGAAGGAGAUCAAAGAUGCUGACACCAAACAGCAGCCUGGAGAACCAGAUUGGAGUACAGAUAUGGGCCACAGCCAAGCCUAUCCUGGUGCUGCUGCCAGUGCUGGGGCUGACAUGGGUGUGUGGGGUCCUUGUCCACCUCAACAUCUUUUGGGCCUAUGUUUUCAUCGUACUGAACUCCCUCCAGGGCCUGUACAUAUUCCUGGUCUAUGCAGUCUAUAACAGUGAGGUAAGGAAUGCCAUCCAGAGGAUGAAGGACAAGAAGAAAGCACUCUCUUUCACAAACUGCUCUCAUCCCACCAACUACUUAUCAAGUCCAAGAAACACAACCUCCUGGGAGACAGGGAAACUGAGGCCCUCUGCAGCUGAGAGUGCCUUGUCAAGCACUGUGCAGAAAGACCCUCCAGUGAAGAAUAUCACCAACAGAGGAAAUUUUGGAGGCAAAAUUCCCAUGGGGAUUUCAUCAAUUAUGUCUCCCGAGAGACCGGCUGUAGAGCUGACAGCAUUCAAAUCCUCAGUGUCUAAGCAGGGCAUGCUUAGACUAUUUUCCAGACGAUGCCACCCAGAAGCAUUGCAGCUUUCCUCCCCACAGUGGACACAUGAGCAAGGCAAAAACGGUGGCAUCUGGGAAUAAGAGUGCCGCGGCAUUUCAGGCAUAGGAGUGGGACCUCAGAGGCAGCAAGACCUACGCCCAGCGUGUGCAUUUGUGCUCUGUGCCCCCGCACCCUCACCCUCCCUUGCU